AUGAAUGUUGAGAUAAUCUCGAAAGAGAUUAUUAAGCCAUCAUCUCCAACCCCCCAUCACCUUAGGAACUUCAAGCUUUCCUUCUUAGACCAAAUUGCACCUCCCACUUAUAUCCCUAUCAUUUUCUUUUAUCAGUGUAAGCAAUAUGUGGAUGUUGAUCACUACGAAAGAACUGGUUCGCUAAAAGAGUCUUUAGCUGAAACCCUUACUCGCUUCUAUCCAUUGGCCGGAACACUUAUUAAUGAAGAUUUCUCUAUCAACUGUAACGAUGAGGGUGUAGACUAUGUUCAGGCCCGUGUCCCAUGCAUGCUAUCACAAGUGGUAGAGAAAGACAACGGGCAAGCUUUGAUCCAAUUGCUACCAUUUGAGCCCUAUCGUAGUUGUAGCGAUCAAUUUGGAAAAGAAGUUCUCCUGGCUGUCCAAUAUAAUAUUUUUGACUGUGGUGGAGUAGCGAUUUCCUUUUGUUUCUCACAUAAGGUUGCUGAUGGAGCAUCAGCGGUCAACUUCAUUACUGCAUGGGCUGGUAUGUCUCGAGGAGCUAGUGAAAUCAUGAGCCCCAGUUUUGAUGCAGCCACCCAUUUUCCUCCAAGAGAUAUAUCUGGGUUCACUCUGAGUACUACAAUUGCAAAAGAAAAGAUUGUGACCAAAAGAUUUGUGUUCGACAAAUCAAGCAUAGACGCCCUAAGAAAAGAAGCCUCUCUUGCAUUUGGACCAGAAGACAAGGGCCCGUCACGUGUGGAGGCCAUUUCAGCAUUCAUUUGCAGGCAUUUCAUUGCAAUAGCUCAAUCAAAACCUGGAAACAAAGCAAAGCUAUUCACAGCACUUCAUGCUGUGAACCUGCGCGAGAGAAUGGCUCCACGCCUUCCAGUGAACUCAUUUGGGAAUCUUGUUACGGUUACGUUAUCAGAGGUUAAGAUUGAGAAAGACGAUUGUUUAUGGGAGAACCAGCUUAGGAAUGCAAUUAGGGAAAUCAAUGUUGACUACGUGAAGAAACUACAAGAUGGAGUGGACUACUUGAAUUUUAUGAACAACUUUAAGAAUCAACUCGCAACAGGUGAGACGGUCUUUUGUAACUUUACUAGCUGGUGUAGCUUCCCUAUCUAUGAAAUUGAUUUUGGAAUGGGGAAGCCCACUUGGGUGUGUAGUCCCAACAGGCCUUAUAAGAAUGUGGUGGUCAUUAUGAGUUCCAAAGAUGGUUAUGGAAUUGAAACGUGGGUAAACAUGAAUGAAGAAGACAUGGCCAUGUUUGAACAUGAUCCGGAGCUCCUCUCAUUUGUUUCUUCAACAGAUCGAGAAUGA